GUACCAGCUUUGGCAGGCUUGGGUUGUGGCCAACAAUGUAUACAGUCAUCUCAGCCUGGCGGGGCAGGCGCUGCGUUUCCUGUACAAUACCAAGAUUAAACCAGACAUCGUGUGUGUGUUGUUGUUGUUGUUGAACCAGGCAGCAAAGUGUGUUGUGGAUUGUGUUGAGUUGCGAUGACUGGUGAGUACAAUGUUGUUGUUUGAUCAGGCAGCAAAGUGUGUUGCGAUAAAUUGUGUUAAAAUGUGAUGACUGGUAAGUAGAAUGUUGUGGUUGGACCAGGCAGCGAAGUGUGUUGCGAUAAAUUGUGUUGAGAUGUGAUGACGGGUGAGUACAAUUUUGUUGUUUGAUCAGGCAGCAAAGAGUGUUGUGAGCUGUGUUGAGAUGUGAUGACUGGUGAGUACAAUGUUGUUGUUUGGUCAGGCAGCAAAGAGUGUUGUGAGCUGUGUUGAGAUGUGAUGACUGGUGAGUACAAUGUUGUUGUAGGACCAGGCAGCAAAGAGUGUUGUGAGCUGUGUUGAGAUGUGAUGACUGGUGAAUAUAAAGUUGUUGUUGGAAUAGACAGCUACUUGUCUGAUGAUAAAUUGUGUUGAGAUGUGAUGACUGGUGAAUAUAAGGUUGUUGUUGGAAUAGACAGCUACUUGUCUGAUGAUAAAUUGUGUUGAGAUGUGAUGACUGGUGAAUAUAAAGUUGUUGUUGGAAUAGACAGCUACUUGUCUGAUGAUAAAUUGUGUUGAGAUGUGAUUUAAAGACGAGGGAUGUGGUGCUUCAAUAUCUGACUGAGUCAGAGGUGAAAUGAAAUAUUUGGGGACCAGUUGCUUUCAAUAUGUUAAGCGCGAGCACUAGUUCAAAGGUCAAAAAUGUAUGUGCGUACACGAAAACGAAAAUGGAAUACUAAAACUAGAACAUCCACUGAACCAAAACUAAAUAAAUCAGCUUAUGAUCAGCGAAACAUUGAAAAGUUAGGUUAGACCUCGUAGACUGGAUGCUGCAGUUGUCAUUUGAAUCUUGAGAGCAUGUUUAAAUAUAUAGAUAUUAAAAUCCUUCCAAGUGUAAGCGUUAGUUUAAAUGUAUAACUUGAUUGAGCCUUGCUACUGUGGUCAAAGCUAUUCACCGAACGCUAGGCCCUAGGCCUAUAUUACUAUAUCUUUUUACAACGGCUAGUCUCAACUGUUCAUUUUGAAAAUGACCUACAUUUCAAAACAUCUCAUUUAAAACCAAAACUGCUUAUAACUCAUGCUAUACUUCAAAACAGCUGAACCCCACCUGCUUAUAUCUAAUGAUACUCUUCAAAACAGCUGAACCACACCUGCUUAUAACUCAUGAUAUUCUUCAAAACACCCGAUAAAGAAAUUGAGUGGAACGCAAAGAAUACACAGCAAAGAAUACAACAUAUAAACUUCUAAGAUUUAUUAUUUUUUUAGCUGGUUUUUAAAAUCAAUUUUUGGAUUUACUACACCGAUGAUGAUUUAAUCAAACAUCAGGUCUUGAACAGAUCGAUUAUUAAGGUGGCAGAUUGAUAAGACGAGGAGACGUGACACCACUAAUGCGUACACCGUUUACCUUUUUUUUAACAUUACAAAGACAUUCUUUUGGUGGCAAUGGUAUUGUGUAACUUAAGAAUAACGUCAAAGUGCUCUGAGUUCAAGGUUUCGCCAAACGCAUUCUUUAAUAAAUAAUGAAAAGUCGAGACAAUAUGUUAUUUAUUAUUUAUAUUAUAUUCAAGGAAGUGAAAAGAAAAAAGGUUGUGUAUUAAGGGAAAAAUGAGAGAUUUACAAUUAAAUGAAAUGGCUGCUUUGUCAAGUCAACUAUGGACUUGACAGAUGUGCUGCAAUGUCAAUUAUGGACUUGACAGAUGUGCUGCUAUGUCAGUUAUGGACUUGACAGAUGGAGUUAAUGUCUGGAACAGGUCAAUCUGUCUUCGUUGGGAAUUACUUCCGGGUUAUUCUUAUGGCAUGGUACAACAGUUGCUACAUUAUCUAAAAUUUUCUAAAAUCUUGCAGUCUUCAGUUGUUACCUAAAUCCUUCACCAAGAUGAAAAACCUGUUUACCUGUCGUAGCACCUCUGCAUUUAUUAGCCAAUCAUAUUGUGACUUCUACGUGUAAAAACCAACCUUGAUUUUAUGCAAAGCCUUUAGUUCUAUAUUCUUUGAUGUUGUAUAUUGUUACAAUACGUAAGUUCAAGUGGGUGUGUCUUAUGUAAAUGUUGUUACACAAUUUAGGCCACGUUGGUGUGUCUUAAGUAAAUGCUGUUACACAACUUAGUCCAAAAGGGGUGUGUCUUAUGUAAAUGUUGUCACACAAUUUAGGCCAAGUGGGUGUGUUUUAUGUAAAAGAUGUCACGCAAUAUAGGCCAACUGGGUGUGUCGUAUGUAAAUGCUGUUACACAAUUUUGCCCAAGUGGGUGUGUUUUAUGUAAAUGUUGUUACACAAUUAGGCCAAGUGGGUGUGUCUUAUGUAAAUGUUGUUACACAAUUAGGACAAGUGGGUGUGUCUUAUGUAAUUGUUGUUACACAACUUCGUCCAAGUGGGUGUGUCUUAUGUAAAUGUUGUCACACAAUAUAGGCCAAGUGGGUAGUCUUAUGUAAAUGUUUUUACAGAACUUACUCCAAGUGGGCGUGUCUUAUGUAAAUGUUGUUACACAAUUUAGGCCAAGUGGGUGUGUCUUAUGUAAUUGUUGUUACACAAUUUAGGCCAAGUGUGUGUAACUGAUGUAAAUCUUUUUACACAAUUUAGGCCACGUUGGUGUGUCUUAAGUAAAUGCUGUUACACAACUUAGUCCAAAAGGGGUUUGUCUUAUAUAAAUGUUGUCACACAAUUUAGGCCAAGUGGGUGUAUCGGAUUUGUUUGUACACGACUUAGUCCAAGUGGGUGUGUUUAAUGUAAAUGUUGUCACACAAUUUAGGUCAAGUGGGUGUGUCUUAUGUAAAUGCUGUUACACAACUUAGUCCAAAUGGGUGUAACUUAUAUAAAUGUUGUUACACAAUUAAGUCCAAGUGGGUGUGUCUUAUGUAAAUGUUGUUACACAAUUUAGGCCAAGUUGGUGUAUCUUAUGUAAAUGUUGUUACGAAAGAUAGUCCAGUUGGACGUGUCUUCUGUAAAUGUUGAAUGCACCAAUAACUAAUUUUUGUUACCAAUUCCAUCUUAAAUGUAUAAGACAUAAUACAUUGUGCAUAUAUUGAAUAUGUCUAUGAAUGAACUCUCAUAUAGAUACAUUGUAGUACAUUGUACAUUUGGCACAGGAUAUCUUUAUAGAAAAUCUAACUUUUUAGAUAAAGCAGAUUUUUUUGAGAAUUUAAAAUUUUCAUUGUUAAAAUUGCCCCCCCUCCCCAGUAAACCACAACACAAGCUGUAAUGCUUGCACCCCCCCCCCCAAACUCAUCAUUCGAACAAUGGUACUAGUACGUUAUUGUGCUACCUGUAGGAUAUUGUGCUACCAGCAGGCUGUUGUGAUUCCAGUAGGCUAUUAUGCUACCAGAAGAAUACCCUUCAUUACUAGUGUAGCCUUACUGCCUGUGUCGUUACCUAGGGUCCACAGCUCCUCCCCCACCCAUUUUUUAAUUUUGAUACUGGUGUCACCGAUAAAAUGUGAGGGUACUGUGCCAACCCCCUCACUCCCUCGCUUGAUUGGGAAAAGGUUGUUUUCUUUCGAAUACGUUCUAUUUUUUUUCUAAACAAUGCUAUUAAGCGUGUAUACAAGCGCUAUAUAAGUAUUCAACCAAUCAGGUGAUACGAAUUCUAGAAUUUCUUUAGUCGGGAGGGUUCCAACGUUUUCCCUAUAAAUAAGCCAGCAUAUUUCCCAGCCGGGAGAGUGUUUUGCUAUUUUCCCUAGACAUUCGCCUGACUGAAUAUACUUAAGAGAUUGCACUCUUUACGUGUAUGUUUAAUUAAUAUUUGUAUCUUUCGAUUGUACUUUUCACUGUGUUGUAAUUUGAUAGAGUUUGUAUUUCUGUCUGUUCGAUGAUGUUUUUUUUUUUUUAAAACCUAAAUUUAAUAGACAAUUAAAUUGAAUAUUGUUAGUAUGCCUAGCUUUGGUCUCGUUUAUAUUUGUAUACUGGUUUUCAGUCCUUUGUUGCGUAUUUUUCAAAACACGAACCAAAUCUUAAAACUUAUUAACUUUGGGAUAAAAAAUUACAAUAGUUUGUAACGGUGUCUAACCAUAAGUUUGAGUGGACUUAUUUAAGUAAAGGUUGAGUACUGUCAUAAAGAAAAAAAAACUAUUUCAAAAUGUCCAUAUCCCAACCGACACCGGCUAAUGAAUUGUUUAGUUUCAUGUCUUUGUAUUCCUUAUCAUGAAGAAGUAGGCAUAUGAAAUUUAAAAAAAAUAAAUAAAUUGGUAGUCAUGAUUCUAUGUACAUUGCCUUGAGUCAGGCAUGAUUGAUCUAGAUUGUCCUUAGUCAUGAAUGAUUCUAAAUUGUCCUUAAUCAUGAUUGAAUGUGAAUUAUCCCUAGUAGUGAUUGAAUCUAGAUUGUCCCUAGUCAUGAUUGAAUGUGCAUUGUCCCUAUUUAUGAUUGAAUCUAAUUUGUCCCUAGUUUUGAUUGAAUCUAAUUUGUUCCUAGUUAUGAUUGAAUCUAAUUUGUCCCUAGUCAUGAUUGAAUCUAUUUUGUUCCUAGUUAUGACUGAAUCUAAUUUGUCCAUAGUCAUGAUUGAAUCUAAUUGUCCCUAGUCAUAAUCGAAUUUUAUUGUCCCUAGUCAUGAUUGAAUCUACAAGUUUGUUCACAGUACUCUUACAAACUGAUCGCCAUGUGUCAACUAUGUGCAAUUAUGGUAACCAGUACCAUAAAGUCAAUGUCGAUAUGUAAAUUGUACAUGUAAUAAAUUGUGUGCUUUGUGACUUAACAAUACAUUCUUUUAAGUUAGAGUCAGUAAUUAUGAUCAACAACAGAAGUUACCAAAUAUCCCAAACAAGUUGCCGAAUAUCCUGAACAAGUUUCCAAAUAUCCUAAGCAAGUUUUCAAAUGUCCUUUACAAAUGUUUCCUUUCCACUAAUCAGGAUAUUUUGUACCACAUACCGAGGCCUAACGUUUAAUGAGCACCUGUUAACCGUACCGUGAGUCAUCACACGACCUACAUUACGCGAUUCAUCAAAAAGCCCUAUUUUAUCAGAAGCCCUACUUCAUCAGAUGUCAUAAUUCAUCAGAAGCAUUACCUUACACACUGCUAGAGAUUGACUGUAAUGUGAGAUGAGGUGAUUUAAAUAAUAAUGAAAGAAAACUCUUAAGUCGAUUUUUGACAAGUAAAAUAAAAAUGAUUUUGUUUUAUGGGACUCAGUUUAAUAGUAUAGCAUCCCCCAUGCCUUCUCCUCCCACUACCAUGCCUUCUCCUCCCACUACCAUGCCUUCUCCUCCCACUGCCAUGCCUUCUCCUCCCACUACCAUGCCUUCUCCUCCCACUACCAUGCCUUCUCCUCCCACUACCAUGCCUUCUCCUCCCACUACCAUGCCUUCUCCUCCCACUACCAUACCUUCUCCUCCCACUACAUGACUUCUCCUCCCAUUACCAUGCCUUCUCCUCCCACUACCAUGCCUUCUCCUCCCACUAACCAUGCCUUCUCCUACCACUACCAUGACUUCUACUCCCACUACCAUGCCUUCUCCUCCCACUACCAUGCCUUCUCCUCCCACUACAUGCCUUCUCCUCCCACUACCAUGCCUUCUUAUCCCACUACCAUGCCUUCUCCUCUCACUACCAUGCCUUCUCCUCCCACUACCAUGCCUUCUCCUCCCAUCCCCCAUGCCUUCUCCUCCCACUACCAUGCCUUCUCCCCCACCCCCACACCUUCUACACGUUAUAUCAACCACUGCGUUUUGAUUCCGUUGAUCAAUAAUAUUCAGUGGCAUCCAUUGUCAGUCCUUGCAAUUUUUGUGUUAAAUACAAAUUUUAAAAACACUAGAUGUUUAAAGAAAAAUAUAAAUAUUAUUUGAAAUCAGAAGCAAGACUAAUGAACUUCCCCUGUUGUAGCCAUAUACAGUAGCAACAAAAUCUUGUAGAGCGUUUCAGAAGCAAAGCAUAGCCCAAAAGCAAAAUUAAAAUAAUGUAUUUUUUCUAUAUCGUUUAUUUUGUGAUUGUAUCGUCGAAAUCUAGUCUUCAACCAGUCGCGAGAUUUAUUUAUUUCAACAGGGCUGAACAGACCUCGUUAAAUUGAUUAAGAUGACUAUACAUCUGCUGAACUGUUGUCUUUGUUGGAAUAUUUUGAAGAAAUCUAACCAUGCAAAGCCAUUUCCUUUUUACAAUCAAUCUUUUUCUGCUCUUACUUUAGUGCACAGGUUUUAAAGUGGACAAGCUUUUUACUCCAUAACACCAGCAAUUUAAAAGCUUAUUUUAUUUAAAGCUAUGAGGACGUUUUCAAGUGUCAAAGACUGGACAUUUUUUUAGACUUUACAGCAACACCCAGUGAAAUUAUUGUAGCUUGCAACAACACAUUCCUUUAUUUAAAAAAUACCCCCCCCCCACCCCAAAAAAAAAAAAAAAUUGUUACCAACUUUUUUCAAGUGUCAAAAAUUGUACAUUUUUUUAGACUUUACAGCAACACCCAGUGAAAUUAUUUUAGCUUGCAACAACACAUUCCUUUAUUUAAAAAAUACCCCCCCCCACCCCAAAAAAAAAAAAAAAUUGUUACCAACUGACUGAGUGAAUUCCCAUUGAAAUAGAUUGAGGAAAAAAUGUGUUGUAGAUUUGUAUAGUGAUAUUUAAAAAAACUUUGUAUUUCUCACAUGAAAAUGACAACUGUGAGAAAAGAUACCUUGUAUAUUUUUUACUACUAUUCUGUUUAUUCCUAGUCUUAAAUUGACAAGUUGGUGUUAUCACAUUUAUUGAGACGUUGUCGAAUUCUGACUACUUGAAGGGAACCUCAUAAAUGAGUCUUGGGCUCAUUUUCAUUUCCAGAGUACCAAGAUGCUCCAACCUUCCAGCAGCUCCCCUCCAUUCAGUGCUGUGGUUUGGUACGGCCCGGGUGGGCUGGGCUUUUUUUCACUCCCCCCGCCCCCCUUUUGCAGUUGGUUGAAAAUGCCGUCCCUCAAUAUAAAGAAAAAAGUGCCCCCCCCCGGCCCCUUGGCUGCCCCUUUAUAUCCCCUUCACCUUCUCCUUACUCCAUUUGUUUUGAAUGGCUGAUUUGUCAUAUUUGUUAUAUUAUUUUUAAAAAAAAAGAAUUUCUAUAUAUUCGAAAAUCCUUCUCAACUUCCGUUUCUAACAACAACAAUGAUGAGCACUUCCUGCUCUGAAGGUUUGGCUUCAUUCACUUUAUUGAGAUCUCGGAACACAUCAGUUUGUUUUUGUGUAAAUGUAUUUGUAAUUUAUGAUCGUAUUGUCUGCAGAGAAAAUCAUCUAGUCAAAAGGUCUGUCUAACUGUCAUGUCUGUUAUUGUUGUUGUUGUUGUUGUUGUUGUUCAGACUUAAACAAAUCUUGUUCAACGAUUUCUUUUCUACACUUCUCCCCAGUCUGCUGAAACACAAUUCAAAUCUUCAUUUCUAUGACGACAACAUCCAUAAAAAUUAAACUUUAAUGAGUAAUGGCGACGAGAUCUGUGACAUACUCGACAAACAACAAACGCCUCUUCCUCAGAUUGGCGUCCGGUGUUAUCUUCUGUGUUCAUCACAUUAAUCGAUAUUUUGAAAUGCUCUACUCCUACUGUGUCCCUGUCCCAUUCUCUCAACUUUCUCUCAUUCCCGUCUCUCCUAUAAACUUUCUCUCAUUCCCGUCUCUUCUAUAAACUUUCUUUCAUUCCCGCCUCUUCUAUAAACUUUCUCUCAUCACCAUUUCUCCUAUAACCUUUCUCUCAUUUCCGUCUCACCUAUAAACUUUCUCUCAUUUCCAUCUCACCUAUAAACUUUCUCUCAUUUCCAUCUCACCUCUUAAUUUUCUCUCAUUUCCGUCUCCCCUUUAAACUUUCUCUCAUUUCCGUUUCUCCUAUAACCUUUCUCUCAUUCCAGUCUCUCCUAUAAACUUGAUCCCAUCCCCGUCUCUCCUAUAAUCUUUCUGUUAUUUCCGUCUCUCCUAUAAUCUUUCUGUUAUUUCCGUCUCUCCAGUACACUCUCUCUCAUUCCUACUAAAUUUUUUUUAUUGUUCACGAUGAUUCAAAUGCCAGAGGCGGUCAAGGUAACUUAAUAAGAAGUAGGUCAAUUUAUCUAUAGAAAUGUUGGGCAUAGAAUCUUGAUUUCUUCACAGUGUUCAUAGAUGCCCAGAGAAUACGUCAAAGACAUUACGGUACAUAUCUUAACACAAAUAAACUCGCCAGCGUUUCACCUUUGACCUCUGGCCUGUCAAAGAGUUAUUGAAGCACAUAGAAAACUGAUACGCCCUUUUCAAUGAUAAAAAAUAAAUGCGCAAAAAUCACAUAGACGCUCCAUAGUGUGUGAUGUCAGAAUAAGAUGUGUGGAUGAAACAUUGAAAGAACCACUAGGUGUGUGGAUGACAACAAAAUAAAGAAAUCGAUUCCUCACAACUGUCACAACUUUUUUUGUUAUAUAAAUAUCAUUGUACUUGUCUAAUUGUUCUUAGCCUUUCUUGAACAAUCCGACCAUCAAUAAGGGGCCGGGCAUAAAGUACGCCACGCUAUUUUUGAUAAUUUUUAUCUCCCCCCUCCCCCAUGUCACAAACUGUUACAAAUCUCGGACCCCUCCCCCCUAAAGUACGUCAUACUUUCGAACAAAUUUUUAAAAAAAAAUUAACACCUAAUUAAAAUUUUAUCUAAAACACACUUCACUAUUAAACAGUGUUAAAAUAUAAAAAUUUACAAAUAAAAGAACUAUCACAUUAUUAAAAUGACUUUAAUAGUAGAAUAGUUAAUUGUCAAAAGUUGUCACAGUUAUUCAUUGCAGCAGUAACUCAAUUUAGAUUGAAUUUGAAAACAGAAAUUGCAAACAUUAGGCUAGACAAUUAUAAAAUACACAUCAUUUAUCUACCCAUUCAUUUAUAAUAGGGGAGAUUAAGUUUUAGAAAAUCUUCCGAUUGUGCAAUCUUUUUACACAGGUUAAGAAGUAGAUUAGCGAAACUUGACCUCACCCAGUGAUUAAAUAAUAAAAAGGACAGUGACAUAAUUAUGCAGCGGACAAUAUAGAAAUAAUAACACUUCAGGAAAGACGAAAGCAAGGCUAUACAUAAAACAAGGCUUCGCAACAGCAUACUAGCGCUACUAGCGAGAGGAAUCGUGAACAACACAUUCAGGAGAUACGCAUUUCAUGCUAUUUUGACAUAAAACUAAUUCGAAUGUUUCACAAAAUUUUAUAAAAUUAUUUUUAAAGCUAUUAAAUUCUACUAAAAAAAUAAAAAAUAAAUUAGAAAUACUUUUUUUUUUAAUUUGUGACAUCACACAUGGCCUGACCCCCCUCCGCCCUGUCAAAAACUGUCACACUUUCUUAUACCCCUCCCCCCUCCCCCCUGUCAAAAACUGUCACACUUUCUUACACCCCCCCCCCCCCCCCAUCUGCAGCGUGACGUACUUUAUGGACGGCCCCUAACAGUGCAUUAAAUGGUCCAGAUUUUGUAUCCCACCUCCACCUGCCUGUCUUGCCUUCUCUUUCUCUUUCCAUUUUCCUUUCUCCCCCCCCCCUCUCUCUCUCUCUUCGCAUUCUUUCUCCGUCUGUCCUUCUCCCUCUCUCCUGGCCUGUUCUCUAACUAUUCAAAAUCAGAACACAGGUUAAUGAACUAGACACGCCUGUACAUGUCAUGUUAAAAUGCAUUACAUGCAAACAUCUGAAAAGACAUAAACUUACUGGCACACAUUUCAAACUAAAUCCUUUACUGCUAUUCGCGUGCUAUUCGUACAUCUACGUUGGCUAUCUCAAGAUUGAGUGUUGUAUUAUACAUCUGUCACGAUGCCAUGUCCUUGCCAAACGUUCAUCUCAAGAUUAUGUUAUAGCUCUGUCAUGCCCUUAACAACGUUAAUCUCAAGAGUAUGGUAUAAAUCGGUCAUGAUGUCAUGUCCUUACCAAACGUUCAUCUCAAGAUUAUGUUAUAACUCUGUCAUGAUGUCAUGUCCUUGCCAAACGUUCAUCUCAAGAUUAUGUUAUAACUCUGUCAUGAUGUCAUCUCCUUACCAAACGUUCACCUCAAGAUUAUGUUAUAGCUCUGUCAUGAUGUCAUGUCCUUGCCAAACGUUCAUCUCAAGAUUAUGUUAUAGCUCUGUCAUGAUGUCAUCUCCUUACCAAACGUUCACCUCAAGAUUAUAUUAUAGCUCUGUCAUGAUGUCAUGUCCUUGCCAAACGUUCACUCAAGAUUAUGUUAUAGCUCUGUCAUGAUGUCAUCUCCUUACCAAACGUUCACCUCAAGAUUAUGUUAUAGCUCUGUCAUGAUGUCAUGUCCUUGCCAAACGUUCACCUCAAGAUUAUGUUAUAGCUCUGUCAUGAUGUCAUCUCUUUACCAAACGUUCAUCACAAAUUUGAGUGUUAAUGCAUACCUCUGUCCUGAAAUCUAUUUAAAAUGUAUCAACGAAAUUGAUUUCUUGUGUAUUAUGAACUGAUAUUCAAAUUAUACAUGAAUUUAUUUGAUCCGUCUAUCCCAUCCAGGUUGACCUACAUUAGUAGUAUCAGACGCCAUGGAGAGGUACAUCCAACCUCUGAUUGCCAUCUUUGUCACGUCCAGCAUUCUGAUCAUCGCCUCUAACCUGAUCAUCUUGUACAUCAUCCUCUACUCUCGCAGCCUACGAUGCAUGCCCAAGUACAUUGUCGUGGUCAGUAUUGCAGUGUCUGACCUGCUCAUGGGUUGCUUCGCCAUACCAGUCUACUUGCGACACCUGAUUGAACAGCACACAAUGGACUGCACUGAGAACAUCGCCUUAGAAGUUAGUCCAAAGAUCAUUAGAAAAAAAAAAGUCCUACACUAACAUGUAUUUCAUUGACCUUGACAUUGAGUUUAUUACUCUGACCAUGGCAUUUAUUGCAUGAACAAUUAACUUUUUGGUAUGGACCUAUCACAUUUUACAUGCGAACUUUUAUUUUAUAACAAACUUGCAUAACUUUAAUAUACAUAUACCUUGACACUAACCAUAACAAAGAACAAUUUACAACGAAUCACUCCUCUACAAAUGUCAGAGUCAAUUAUGUUGUCAUGUCUUUUUUUUUUAAAUAUGUGCAAAUUGUUUUAUUAUGAUUGGCCUCUCUGACAUGUGUUCUCUGCUCGCUCUCUGACACAGCUUUAGAUAGCCUACUUUAAGGCCAUAAUCAAUAUUUUCUAGUACAAUGAUUUAAGCACAUUAAAAGAUAAUAAAUGAAGGACUGCGUUCAAGCUGUGCGAGCGAAAUAGGGGAAUAAGGUUUGUGUGGAAGCUUGAAAUAGAAAGACAGGACAAUAAAAAGAAAAACGUUUCAGUUAAGAGUAUUCUUCAGCAGACAGGACAACUUCAAUUGGUUUGAUUAACAACACACGGGAUAGAUGAAAACUACACUCAGUUACCGACACACGGGAUAGAUGACAACUUGGCUUAGUUGCCGACACACGGGAUAGAUGACAACUUGGCUUAGUUACCGACACAAGGGAUAGAUGACAACUUGACUUAGUAUCCGACACACGGGAUAGAUGCCAACUUGGCUUAGUUACCGACACAAGGGAUAGAUGACAACUUGGCUUAGUUACCGACACACGGGAUAGAUGACAACUUGGCUUAGUUACCGACACACGGGAUAGAUGACAAAUUGGCUUAGUUACCGACACACGGGAUAUAUGACAACUUGGCUUAGUUACCGACACAAGGGAUAGAUGCCAACUUGGCUUAGUUACCGACACACGGGAUAGAUGACAACUUGGCUUAGUUACCGACACACGGGAUAUAUGCCAACUUGGCUUAGUUACCGACACUCGGGAUAGAUGCCAACUUGGCUUAGUUACCGACACACGGGAUAGAUGACAACUUGGCUUAGUUACCGACACACGGGAUAGAUGACAACUUGGCUUAGUUACCGACACACGGGAUAGAUGACAACUUGGCUUAGUUACCGACACAAGGGAUAGAUGACAACUUGGCUUAGUUACCGACACAAGGGAUAGAUGACAACUUGGCUUAGUUACCGACACAAAGGAUAGAUGAAAACUCGGCUUAGUUACCGACACACGGGAUAGAUGACAACUUGGCUUAGUUACCGACACAAGGAAUAGAUGAAAAUUUUUCUUAGUUACCGAAACAAGUUAUAGAUGACAACUUGGCUUAGUUACCGACACAAAGGAUAGAUGACAACUUGGCUUAGUUACCGACACACGGGAUAGAUGACAACUUGGCUUAGUUACCGACACACGGGAUAGAUGCCAACUUGGCUUAGUUACCGACACACGGGAUAGAUGACAACUUGGCUUAGUUACCGACACACGGGAUAGAUGACAACUUGGCUUAGUUACCGACACACGGGAUAGAUGACAACUUGGCUUAGUUACCGACACAAGGGAUAGAUGACAACUUGGCUUAGUUACCGACACAAGGGAUAGAUGACAACUUGGCUUAGUUACCGACACAAGGGAUAGAUGACAACUUGGCUUAGUUACCGACACAAGGGAUAGAUGACAACUUGGCUUAGUUACCGACACAAGGGAUAGAUGACAACUUGGCUUAGUUACCGACACAAGGGAUAGAUGACAACUUGGCUUAGUUACCGACACAAGGGAUAGAUGACAACUUGGCUUAGUUACCGACACAAGGGAUAGAUGACAACUUUUCUUAGUUACCGACACAAGGCUUAGUAAACAAAGAAUAGGUUUCUUUCUGUUCAACAUCACAAGAAUGUCCACCCACCAGAACAUGAACAGCCCUUCCAAACCAUACAGGAGAAAGAUGAAACAUCCCUUUUGAUCCAACACGUUUAAGGCAGCUUACGAAACAUCGGUAUUGAGACCAGCCAUUAAACAUUUCUUGAAAGUGGGGCAGGCCAGGUGAAAAUCCUGACCAUUUGGAAUGCUCUAACAUACCUCGCGAAUAUUUUAAAAUGACCAUUUUAGGAAAUAUUGAAGUUAUCUGCAGAGGAGGAUUAAAUAACGUAUUCAAGUAGAUUAAAGUUAAUUUCUAAGAAAAGUGACACAAUUUUUUAAAAUAAUUAGAGUGAUUUUCGUGGGGUUUUUUUUAAACAUAGAGGUUCAUCAUCAUCAUGUCCCUUAGUCCUUGGACCGUUGGGCCGCAACAGAUGACAUGUGAACUAUCCUCCUCCAUUCGUCUCUGUCUUCUGCACUACGCACAGCAUAGCCCAGUGUUAGGCCUGUCCACGCUUUGAUGUUAUCCUCCCAUCUUUUUCUUGGUCUUCCUCUUCUUCUCCCUCCUCUUGUGGUGCCCUGCAAUAUUUCUUUGGCAAGCCCUGUUCCCUUGUUACGUGGCCGUGCCAUUGUAGUUUGCAUUUUUUCACAGUCACCAGUAGGUCAUCGUACUCCCCAAUUGCCUGAAGAAUCCUUUUUUUCACUGUGUCAUUGGAGAUAUGGUCCCUAUAGCAGAUGCCAAAAAUGCUUCUGAAGCAUCUCAUAUCCAUCGCCUUUAUUUUCCUUUCAAGAUCUGCUGUUAAUCUCCAGGACUCGCAGGCAUACAGGAAAAUCGAGAGGACUAAGGAACGCACCAGCCUGGGGGCUAUAUUAUUGUCAUUCCAUAUAGAGGUUACUUGUGUAUUACAUACCCCCCCCCCCCAAACCGCCCCCACCAAAAAAAAUAAAAAAAUAAUAUAAACAUUAAAGAAAAGAAAUUAAAUUCAGAUCACAUAAAAAUAAGAAUUAAAAUAUUGACAUCCUCAGUCUUCUGGUCCAAACAAUUUCUAUCAUUGGCUUUAAAAGUUUUGAAUAACAUUCACCCCUAAGGAAAUGAUUUGAGUUGACCUUGACCUCUAUUUUCAGAUCAUCUCCGACUUUGGCGUCUUUUUCAUCGUGGGCUGGUCGUUGGUGACCUUCAACGUUGUCACGACCAAGAGAGGUAACUCCGGAUUCCCCUUUGAGAUUGUGGAGCGUGCGUUCAGCGCAUGCGCCAAGUGCAGUAAAAUCCUCCUCCUGUGGCCGUGGCUGGCGGCCACGUGCAUCCUGGUGCCCCUGGUUGUGUCGUCCGUCGUCUCGUUCGAGCACCCGCAGACGUUCGAGGUGUUUUGCAUUUCCAACCUGUCCAGGAACGCCCUGAUCGUCAUGAACUUCUUCGCGAUGCACCUUCCCUACUACCUGAACGUGGCUUUCUUGAUCACCACGCUCGUGUGCUACUGUCACGGCUGCAGCAGACGGCGGUCGGCCACCCUGGUGACGUACAGUGAAAUGAACCACGUGGAUGCCGUUGAGGACGCCGAUCCGGACCCGCCGGCGGAUAAUCCACUUUUGUGUACCACGCCCAUGCUGAUCUACUGCUUGUGCUUUCUUCCCUUUAUUACGGAGACGUGGCUCAAUUUUGUCGGGAUUUCUCACUUCAUUUCCAUGGAGACCAUUUAUUUUUGCCUGGCCGUGAGCCUGUCGAGGUCGUUCCUUGUGCCAAUGUCAUGGCUGGUGUACAAAGAUGUCAGGGAAGAAGCGGCAGAGAAAUGUAAACUUAUCCAAAAGCUGCUUUACGCCUGCGGGAGAAAUCCCCCGACUUCAACAUCCACGUCUGUGUCCUUUAGCAGACUCCAAGAGACACAGCCAGCUUGAUCACGGGAGGUUUUUUGGAUCAAGUGGAAAUGUAAUUUGUUCGAAAGCUAACUUUGGGAACUUUAGUUGAAAACGUCACACGCGUGUUUGUUCAAAUGGGUGCGUGUUCUGGUGUGGAGAUUAAUUGUGUAGCUAUGCGCUUUUUUAUGUGUUACGUAUUUGGGCUUGGGAAAUGACGUUGUUCGUUGUUAUGGUUUUUGAUAGAGAGCCGCAGAGAGAAAGUAGAAGUAAGAAGGCGCUGCUGUUGUUCAAUAAAAAACCAUAUGUAAUAUUGAUCUUUUAUUUGUUUAAUAAGCACCUGUAGACUUAACGAAGCUAUAGAUCUACUGCUCCAAUUAGUAGUGUGUGACAAAACGGAUACUUUUUAUCGCUAGAAUGCAACAUAUUUUUAAAAAAGAAUUUAAAUAUUGAUCACCAAAAACGUGUACUCUGAAUAAUAAAAGCAAAAUAAAGAAAUUGGAUGUGGGUCACAGUAGUUAUGAAUCUGUGAAUCAUACAGUCUAGAUGGAGAAGUAGUGAAUUGAAGGGAGUCAAGGUGAGGCGGGAGUGCUGAAUUAAAGUAGACCGUGGUGAGACCGAUGAGUGAAGCGAAUCAAAGGGGUUUCAGGUAGAUCUUGGUGAAACUAAUCGAGUAAUUCAAAAUGUUAUGUGGGACGUCAAUAGAUAAUCAAGAGUAAAAAUAUUACCUUGUCUCAGUGUAAUCCGAUGCUUGCAAGAAUACGUGUAUUUUUUAAAACACUACAGCUGCCUGUACAGAAUACAUGUAUUUGUUAUAACAUCACAGCUGCCUGUACAGAAUAAAUGUAUUUGUUAUAACAUCACAGCUGCCUGUACAGAUACAUGUAUUUGUUAUAACAUCACAGCUGCCUGUACAGAUACAUGUAUUUGUUAUAACAUCACAGCUGCCUGUACAUAAUACAUGUAUUUGUUAUAACAUCAGAGCUGCCUGCACAGAAUACAUGUACUUGUUAUAACAUCACAGCUGUCUGUACAGAAUACACGUACUUGUUAUAACAUCACAGCAAUUUUGGAUUGUUCAAGAUUUUUUAUGCUUCUUAAAUUAUGUUUGGUGAUCAUGUCUUUGGCUGACAUGAUCAUGCAGUUUAAGAAAUACUCUAUUACUGAAUACAUUGUUACUAUCGCACAGCAGAUUAUGACAAUUUACAUUGGCCACAGCAUCCAGCAUGCCUAGAUUUCUCAUGCAAGUAGGUUUAUAAAAGAAUGACAUUAAUAGGUAUACAUUAGCUAACAUCUAGAUUCUAGGCAAAAUUAAGAGCUAUUUAUCUAGACAGUUGUUUCUAGAUAGAUCUAGAUUGAAUUGAUUCUACAAAACAGUGGUGAUAAACAUUUUCGAUAAUUUAUAUUUCUGUGUUAUAUACCAUAAUGUACAAAGUUAUAUGUACAAAGUUUAAUAUACGGUCAUGUACCCACAAAAUAUUUUUUCUUUGUUAUAAUUAUUAUCAAAAAUGCUUAACUUUUCGUGUACAUGUAACAAUUUAUAAAAACGGCCAAAUACCUUUGAUGUUAUCUUUGAUGUUAUCUUUGAUGUUCAGUGUAUAUAAUUAAAAAUGAUAUUCUCAUGUUUUAUUUAUUUUAACAUAUUGACCUUUCUCUCUCACCCUGUGGGUUGUGUUGUCCCUUACACUAUGGUGGACUGUAAUGUCUUUUAUAAUGUCGGACUGUGUUGUCCCUUACAUUAUGUUGGACUGUAUUGUCCCUUACACUGUGGUGGACUGAGUUGUCCCUUACAUUGAUUUGGACUGAGUUGUCCCUUACAUUGUGUUGGACUGUGUUGUCCCUUAUAAUGUGUUGGACUGUGUUGCUCCUUACCUUAAGGUGGACUGUGUUGUCCCUUACAAUGUUUUUGACUUUUAUAUUCCUUUAAGUUCAAACGUUCAGAUAGUCUCUGUUAAGACAGUCUCUGUUCAGACAGUCUCUGUCCAGGCAGUCUCUGUUCAGGCAGUCUCUGUUCAGACAUUCUCUGUUCAGACAGUCUCGCUGGUGGAACUUUGUUACAUUUGUAAAUAUGCUUAAAUUAAAAGAUACAGUGUAAAGC